AUGCGCACCAGCUUAUUGUCAACCUCUUUACUUCCUUUUGCGGGGCUCAUCGUGGGAGCGACCGCUUGUGAAGACCAUUCCCUCCCCCAGCGACCCGCCCCUGCCGAUGGGUAUGACUACAUCGUCGUCGGUGGUGGUCCUUCGGGGAUCAUCACGGCGGAGCGCCUAGCUGAAGCCAACAAGAAGGUCCUGCUCUUGGAGCGCAGUGUGACAGGUCCGACUGUCGCCACGGGGAGGCGUUUCGGUCAACUAUAUGGUCUUUGUUCACCCUCCAACCGUGAUCUUGACGACAAGUGGCCGCAGGGGUGGAAGUGGCAAGAUGUGCAAGCUGGAGCGGAGCGGCUCUAUCUUCGCAACCCUGGUAGUAGCCUGCUCUCCGCUGACGGCCAGCGUUACGACCAGGUCUUGUACAACAUUCUCGCCAACUUCUUUUCCCGCCUUGGCCGGCGACCCGUGGAUAUGAGCGCCCAACGCAAUGAGAAGCAUGAGGUUUACAGCCGCCCUGUUUGGAAUGUCGAAGAUUAUAAACGUGCGGGCCCACUCCGCACGUAUUUACCAUGGGCUCUGCAACGUGAGAGCUUCUCUCUGCGUAUGAAUGCGAUGGCCACACGCGUGGUCCGGGAGGGCAGCCGCGCCACGGGCGUCGAACUUAUCUACGCGGAUCGCAAUAAUGCUACUGAGAUUAUUCCCUUAGCACCUCGGGGCCGUGUGGUGUUGUCGACCGGCGCCUUGUCCUCGCCACGAAUCCUCUUCAACUCCGGCAUCGGCCCGAGCGUCCAGAUUGAGACGGCCCGACGGAGUGGCGUUGCUGUCCCGCCAACUAAGGACUGGAUCGGUCUGCCCGUCGGGGUAGGCUUGAUGGAUCACCCAAUCUUCUCUAUUGUCGUCAAGACAAACGGCACCUUCAACGAGCUAGAUACCGAGGCUAUCCUGAAUAGGACAGCUACAGGUCAAAGUCAUGCCUACGAGGACCUGAACGCAGGAGUCGAUGGUAUUACCAGCUACUACCAGGGCUCGUGUACUCCCACUGCCGAGGGUGUUGUGACUAUCACUGCCUAUAUGACCCACGGACUGACAUCUACCGGCGUGCUCGGGCUUGAUACCUCGCAAAAAACGAUCUUUCAAGUCUCUCCCUACCUGCAAACAGCUAGGGAUCGCGAGGCGGCUACCCUGUUUGUGCAGUCAAUGGUGGAUGCCAUCAUCGCCCCUGGGACUGGACUCGAGCUUCAGGAAUACACCAACACCUCCGCAAUCCUGAGCUCCCUCACGGCGGGCAUUCACUAUGCCGGUACGACGAAGAUGGGCCUUGACGACGGUCGCUACCCCAACGGCACCGCAGUGGUGGACACCAACACGGAGGUGUACGGAAUGGACAACCUGUACAUCGUGGAUGGUGGUAUUCAUUCGGACCUGGCCUCAGGCGACAACCAGGCCUACAUCAUGGCCGUGGCUGAAAAUGCCGUGCAACGGAUUCUGUCUCAUCCGGAUGACGAGUAGUGGCGGGUAGGAAUUGGUCUGGUGCUGGGGCUGUACGAUCUUGCAACUAUCUACCCAUCCACAACCUUCGCCGCACGCAACUGGCGUUGCUGUUUUCUGGCAUUUUGUGUCUCUCUUCUGUUUGGGUUCUAUUCGUUUCACAAGCAGCUAAGGUUAUAUCUUAGUAGCUAAACACCGGCAGGUAGUGGCCUGGUAGCUGUCCAUCAGCUCAAGUUGCUACCCCUCAGACAACCGGGUGCGCACUUGCAGCUCACAAUUUCAAUACAAUGCUUUAUUGUUCUUAU